AUGAAGGCGGUGGUGAAUGAGGAUGAGGUGCAGCCGAGGAAGGGGGUUGAGGGGAGAAAUGGGAAGACUAAGGCGGCAAGGGUGAAGGAGUCGUUUGAGGACGAGCAAGAAGAGGAAGAGGAGCCGAGACGGACGAGGGUUGAACUCAGGACUAGAAAGACCAAGGGGUAUUCAUUGAAAGAGUCGCUGGAGUCAAAACCAGAGGAGGAGCAGGAAUAUGUCUCUGCCAGGGAGGAAGUGAGCAUUCUUGAGGACGUUUCCAUGUUCGACGACACGUUUCAUUCAUGUGAGUCAGAGGAGGACCCGCAAGAUGACAGCGACAGCGACAACGACGACGAGGGGGGGAGCUACACGGAGCAGGGUUCGGACGACGACAGUGAAUUUGACCUUGGUCCCCCGCCGAGGAAAGCUCCAGCUGCGGAGUCGCAAGGAAGAGCAAAGCCAGCACGAAACUCCAACUCAUCAGUUAACUCUUCCCAAUCAAAAAAAGCCAAGGCAAAAAACCUAGAAGAUAGGUUUUUGCGACUUCGCCUGGACAACAUCCCCCUCCCACCACCACAAUCAAUGCCAUUGACAAUUUCGACCCCCACCGAGGAACCCGGAUCUUCACCGCCAUCAACACCACCCAGACCCGCCCCUGCUCCCCGUCCAAAAGGCCUAGUAUCACCCACCAAACUCCCUCGCAUCCCCAACACCCCCCACCGACCAUCAACAGACAUGUUCUGGUCCCAAGAAUUCGUCGAAGACUGGAACGACCAGCACUCCCCAGCAAAACAACUUUUCCCUUCCAAACCACCACCACCCCCUCCUCCUCCUCCUCGUCCUCCUCUCCCAACCACAACCAGCAAACCACCCUCCUCCUCCUUCUCCUCCUCCUCCCCCGCCAAAAAAACCGCCUCAGAACGCCAAUCCCUCAAAGAAUUCGAAACCAACCGCCUCUCCCUCGCAGAGACCUUCCUCUCCCUCCUCGACACCCGCAUCACCUCCUCCCAACUCUCCACCCUGUCCGCCUCGACAGGCGGCAUAAAAAUCAUCUGGUCCCGCACCCUAGCCACCACGGCCGGGCGGGCAAACUGGAAAAGGGAAACCUUCCGCCCGCCGAAUUCCCCUCCUGUAUUCCGGCACCAUUGCUCUAUCGAGUUGUCGACCAAGGUCAUCACCACGCCUCACAGGUUGUACAAUGUGCUCGCGCACGAGUUUUGCCAUCUCUGCAAUUUCAUGAUUAGUGGCAUCACCACCAACCCUCACGGGAAGGAGUUCAAGGCUUGGGGGAAGAAGGUGACGGGGGUGUUUGGGAAGGAGUAUGGGAUCGAGGUUACGACGAAGCAUACUUAUGAAAUUGAGUUUAGGUAUGUGUGGGAGUGUGGGGGGUGUGGGAUGGGGUAUAAGAGGCAUUCGAAGAGUAUCGAUGUGGGGAGGCAUAGGUGUGGGGUUUGUAAGGGGGUGCUGGUGCAGGUUAAGCCGACGCCAAGGGGAGGGGGUGGGAAGGCUGGUGACGGUGGUGGUGGUGGUGGUGGUGGUCAAGAAAAGAAGCAGAGCGCGUACCAGAUUUUUAUGAAGGUGGAGAUGAAGAGGGUCAAGGCGGAGCAGCCGGGGAUACAGCAGAAGGAUGUGAUGAAGGUUGUGGCGGAGAGGUGGAAGGCUGAGAAGGAGAGGAAUGGGGGGGUGGUGGUGAUGGUGGCGGGUUCAAAGGAGGAGACGCCAGAGGUGAAGUUGCCGGUGAGAGGGGGGAAGAAGGAGAUUGAGGUGGUGGAUUUGACGUGA